ACUGGGAUUGUUGCCUAGUUUCUUCCGUGUGAUGACGUCACUUAGUAACCGCCAAUGUCCACGAAGCUUCUCCCAGAGCCCCGCCCACCGACCUCUGUCACUUGCAGUCCAGGAAGCGUCCGGCUUCUCGUAGCUACGCUACGGCCUCGGCCUCUCCGGAAUCAUGGCGGCGAGUCAGCAGUGGGUGUUGGUGGAGAUGGUGCAGGCGUUCUAUGAGGCACCUGCAUAUCACCUAAUACUUGAAGGGUUUCUUAUCUUGUGGAUUAUUCGUCUCAUAUUUUCCAAGACUUAUAAACUCCAGCAACGAUCGGACCUUACAGAAAAGGAGAAGGAAGAGUUAAUUGACGAUUGGCAUCCUGAACCUCUUGUCCCUCCUGUCUCUAAAGAUCACCCAGCUCUCAAUUAUAACAUUGUUUCAGGCCCACCAAGCCACAAGAUUGUUGUCAAUGGAAAAGAAUGCAUCAAUUUUUCAUCCUUCAAUUUCCUUGGCCUUCUUGAUAAUGAUAGGGUUAAGAGUGCUGCAUUGGCAUCGCUUAAAAAGUAUGGUGUUGGAACAUGUGGCCCAAGAGGUUUCUAUGGUACAUUUGAUGUACAUUUGGAGCUAGAAGAAAGACUUGCUAAGUUUAUGAGGACAGAAGAAGCAAUCAUCUAUUCUUACGGAUUUGCCACCAUUGCAAGUGCUAUUCCAGCUUACUCAAAACGUGGAGACAUAGUAUUUGUGGAUGAAGCUGCAUGUUUCGCCAUUCAGAAGGGGCUACAAGCAUCAAGAAGCAACAUCAAGUACUUCAGACAUAAUGAUAUGUGUGACUUGGAGCGAUUGUUAAAGGAACAGGAAGUAGAAGAUCAAAAGAUUCCACGUAAAGCCAGAGUGACCAGAAGGUUUAUCGUUGCAGAAGGACUGUAUAUGAACACUGGAGACAUCUGUCCUCUUCCUCAAUUGGUUGAGUUAAAAUACAAAUACAAAGUAAGAAUAUUCCUGGAGGAAAGCCUCUCAUUUGGCGUUUUAGGGGAACAUGGCCGAGGAGUUACCGAACACUUUGGAAUAAAUAUUGAUGACAUUGACUUGAUAAGUGCAAAUAUGGAGAACGCUCUGGCUUCCAUCGGAGGUUUUUGCUGUGGCCGAUCAUUUGUCAUUGAUCAUCAAAGACUAUCCGGUCAAGGUUACUGUUUUUCAGCAUCUCUUCCCCCUUUACUGGCUUCUGCAGCUAUUGAAGGUCUUAACAUUAUGGAGGAUUCCUCAGAAAUAUUCUACACCUUAAAAGAAAAGUGCCAAAGAAUCCAUAAAGGUUUGCAAGGUGUUGAAGGUUUAAAGGUUGUUGGUGAGAACUUCUCCCCUGCCUUUCAUCUGCAGUUAGAAAAAAGCAUCGGAUGCCGAGAAAAAGACACAAAACUGCUACAAGAUAUCGUAGAUUUUUGCAUGAAUAGGAAAAUUGCAUUAACUCAAGCUCGUUAUUUGGAGAAAGAGGAGAAAAAUCUCCCACCACCAAGCAUAAGAGUGAUAGUGACUGUCGAGCAAACAGAUGAAGAACUAGACAUGGCUGCCUCAGUGAUCAAGCAAGCAGCCUCUUUCAUACUCCAUUAAUGUUUUUGAGUUGAUGCACUUGUGAUAAAUUACGGACAUGAUCGUGCUGGGAAGCUCUUGUUUAAUGUGAGGAAUGCAGAGAGAAGAUACUACAUGUAGCUUUAUAGCAGCGUACAUACCGGGUCUGAGAGAGUGAAAAUGAACUGGUGAGGGGGUAGGAACUAGCAGAAAACCAAAUAACGUUUAUGCGCAGAUUAUGCCAUGGACCUUUUUUUGUACUGUUUCGCUGUGAUUUUUUUAAAAAGAAUUCUGUUUACUUGCAAAUAAAUGCAAAGAAGUUAUUCCCUACAAAGAA